AUGGCCUAUGCUGCUUCCGAUAAUGAUAACAUCUACCGACCUCGUUUGCCUGAUCUACGGGACCCGACUCCCUCGUAUGCCCCUACACCUGGCCGUGAGUGGACGCCAUCUGUAAUCUGCUCGUCCCCCGACCCCGAGCCAAUAACAUUCAGUGAGCUGUCAUCACCGUUGCACAACCCGCAAUCCGAUAAACUGGGUUUUAUGCAAGAAGGUGAGGUAGAUAACGGAGGAACACUCGGGGAUCGGCGAUUAGAUUAUAUCCAUUACCAGAUCGAGUGGAGGGUAAAACUGAAUAACCGUGUGGUGGCAAAGGACACAGAGCAAGACUUGGCCCUGCCACCUAGUUCUUACUGGGAGCGGCUAAAGGAUACGGCUGGGAAUGUUCUGCGGCGAAAGAUAGCCCAUAACCGACGAGUGAGACUAGACGAUACCAACCUAGUGGUGUCUGUAAAUGAACGUUCCCAGUCUGAUCUUAUCAAGCGCUUUGAAGGCGCUAGUGUUGAUUGGACCACGGUAGAGAACCAGCUGCUGAUGUGGGCCAAUCUCUACCGUCUUGGCAAGAAACUCCGAAUUCAGAUAACCAUUAACUAUAUAGAUGACCAUGACCGACUUCCAUCCAGAAUCGACAAGAGAGGAAAAUCAUCUGUCACUAAAGGAAUGAUCGUGGAACGUGAUGCCGAGAUAGACGCCGAGCAGGCUUCCGGGGGUUAUGAAGUCUGGCGAGAUGUAUAUAGAAUCAUGCGUUGUCCUGGACCUCCAUGCCGCCACGAAGGACAGUAUUGCUGGCAGGAUCCAUACGGGAAAAAACAUUACAAAUUACGAUCAAAUCACCUGAAGAUGCUCACCAGAUACGUGCAGCAAGGAGGGGUCAUCGAAACACAUGACGACAUUCCCGAUAGUCUUCGUGAACAGCUUUAUGCAGAGGAGAACCAGCGGCUUGAUCGACGGAAGAAAAGCUCGGACAUCUCUACAUGUGGAUCCACGUGCCAUUCAGUUCACCUUCAUCUCCCAUCUCAAGUGCCUAUCCCUCCAACUACCGCUGAAUGUACGAACCCAGUUUCUAAGCAAACUGAUCCAAUUGAUAUUCCUGGAUUUCUCGAUAUAGCCGUGAAAGAAUAUGCUACCUGGCAUCAAUCACGGGUGAGCAGUGAGACCUUCAGGGAAAAUAUCCAGAAAGCCCGCGAUGUGGCCCUUGAAAACUGUCUGGAUCUCAAACAAAUCCACGACGAUCAAGAUCCGGAGUUUUUUGUUAAAAACGGCGUGAAAGCAGGAGCCGCCCGGCGAUUUGUUAGCGACAUUGCCCGCUGGGUGAUGCGAAACGGAGAUACGAAUGGAAUUGCAGAGUAA